AUGUCGAGCUGUUCCGACGAUUCGUUGGAAUCAAUUUUUCACUACGAGCCAAGCCGCGUAGACGCCGAGGCGAGAGGUACGGCAGAAUCCUCCGAGGCGUCUGCUUCGCCGAGCCCCUCCAAUCACUCAUCGGACGAAGCGUCAAACCAUGAAAACCCAUCAGAUGUCGGCUCUCCAGAUGGCGAGCCGUCGGUUUCGACGAGCCGUCCCCAGGAUCCCGUUCCUAACGAGGACAUUAACCGCGCCGCGCUCAAGGCCGAAGAGGAGGCAUUUCCCUUUGAUCUUUUCAAGGCGAAGCUUGAAUUGGAACACCUCAUGGCGUCCCGAGGAACUUCCACAUCAAGGCGAGGGCCGAGAGUUAAGAGACAAAAACCUGACCCGCCUGGAUCUACACUCUGCUCCCUUGAGUCGCUCGAGGCGUUGAGGCAUCGCUUCGGAAUAUCCGAGGCGGUGGAGUUCGUCGUUCCAGAGAAGAGCGACCGAGCCGACAACCCUCCAGAAAAUCAUUUCACUCUGUACGAGGCGUUCUUCGAGCUUUGCUUCCUCUGGUUCCCGAUCCCCGGAGUGAUCCUCGAAUACCUUUGGAAACACGGGAUCUCGAUUGGGCAGAUUAUGCCGAGGGGAUUACGGCAUAUGAUUGGCAUUUUAGUCCGAAGCUUCGAAUGCGGUCUCGACAUCGAGCUGAAUCACCUGCUGAACUUGCUGAAAAUCAGGAAAGCUCCGAAAGGAAAUAGGUUCUAUAUUUCCAACAAGGCGAAGCGACGGAUUAUUGGCGGUUUUUCCAGCAAGGAUCAGUUUUGGACUGAACGCUUCUUCUACGUCUUGGUGAACGAGGCGUCGGUCGGCGAAGAUUACGUUCACCGAACCAAGACAGCUUGGGGACCACUUGUUUGGUGCUAUCUUCCCCCGAUUCCCGACGAUCUCUUUACUGUUCGAGACUCUCUUUCGGCGCGGAAGGUUAAGUGGAGAAAAAACUUCACCCUCGAAAGAAUAGAAAAGGCGCGAGCCAUCCUUGCCGGAGUCCCCGUCAGUUCUUCGUCCUCAAGUUCUUCAAGAGAUACCCGGGAAAAAAUGGUGGUAAUCGCCCUUAGAGAAAGGAAGAGGCACGAGGAAGAGGAAGCCGCUAGACGAGCUGCCGAGGCGGCUUGCGCGCAAGCCGAGGCGGUCUCAGCGCAAACCGAGGCCAUCCUUCAACCCGACCCUCCGAGCCGGGAAGGGGACGUGAUGAUCCGAGCCGCAAAAGGGAACGCUGCCGAGGCGGUUGAAAAAGAGAUAGCGCCCGAGGAAGAACCGGGCGAGAUAAUCUCCGAGGCGUCAGGGGACGGCUCGGCGGCGCGGAGCAAAACACCUUCGCACUCCGCCAUUCUGGCUCUCCCGAAGUCGACGAGGCCGCCAACUUCGGUCAUCCAGAAGCAUGACCCGAGCCGAAAGCAUUCGGCUGCCGACAAAGGGAAAGGCGUCGCCGUUCAAAAGGACGAGCCGGCGAAGAAAAGGCGAAAACCGACGCCAGGGGAUCCUGCUGCGCAUAAGUUGGUCGUUGACGACCCUGACGCCUCGGCUGUCAUGUUCUCGCGCGUUAAUAACGCGAACACGCGCCUUCCCCCAUCAGAGAAGCUGAGGAGGCCGAGGUCAUACGGCGCGAUGGCACAUCGCGGUACUAAGUUUGUCGCGGCCAUUAAUGACCUGAUGGCCGAGUACGAGGCGGACCUUUCUAAAGUUGAGCGUCGCUUGGACGAGGCCCAAAACGAGACCGCAGCGUCAAAGGUGAAGCUGGAAGAGGUGCAAAACGAAGCCGCGGCAGCAAAGGGGAAGCUCACCGAGGCGAUGACCCGAGUGUCGAGGUUGGAAGAAGAGAAGAUAGUUCUCCGAGCAAACGUCAACAAAGUUUCCGCCUCGGUGAUUCGCCUGGAGGAAGCAAGGAGAGCCAAAAGCGUCGAGGUGGCGUUGCUUAAGAGGCGCAUCGAGGCCAAGGACGCGCUGUUCGAAGCCAAGGUCAAACGCGAGCUGACGGCAAAGUUUCAGGAACGCCUUGCUAAGGUGGAGGAGGGUUUGGUCAAGCUCGAGAAGCUCGGCAUGACCAAAAAUGAUGAGAACGAUCUGGGACAGAUCAAGGGCAAUCUCGCGAUGAUUGCCGACCUGAAGAAGCCGGACGCCCCGACGCUUGACGACGAGGAGGCGAAGCUGAAAAGCUGGGAGAGUGAGUAUGCCGACGACGAGGCGUACGAGCGUAUCGCUUCCGAGAUUCGGGGCGAACUGUAUUACUCUCCCGUAUCGCCGGACUCGGUUGACAUAACCCUCGGCAACGAGCCGAUCGAAGAAACAGCGGCCAAUUUAGGCGUUGUGGACCCGAACGGCUCGAACGCGGGUACGCCGAUUCCCUCGAACCUUCUCGCCGAUCGUGAAACGCAGUCCGCGGCAUGA